AUGGCGACUCCCAACCCGCCGAGAAUCUUGACUAACGGCACGCCCGUCCGCGACAGACUGUACCGUAGCGACUACCCUCCAUCCGCCACCAACUCCCCUGCUACCAUGCGUCCAGCUGCUUCUUUUCCCAACCCGCUCGCCUCCAACGCAUCCAUCCAUCCCAACCCCAACUCGGCAGUCCCCACCACUCAACCGCUCACCGUCGAGGGCCUUCUCGCCAACAAUGGCAACUCCAUCUCGGCCGCCUUGGACGCCGCCGUGAACGAGCGCAAUGCGCUCUCUGCCCAGAAUACCCAGCUAUGGAAGCUCAUCGAGAAGCAAAGGUCAGGCUACAACCAUCUCAUGAAGGAAGUCGAGCGUAUCCGCGGUGAGCGCGACCUCUACCGCAACCGUCUCCAAGCCAAUGGCGAGCACACCGACGCGCUCCUGCGUGCGCAUCGGGCCAAGGAGAAGAGCGAGGGCAAGGAUUCCACCCUGCGACCGACGGCGUCGCAUUCCCAACUCAAGUCGAGCGACUCGAGUGCUUCGAAUAGUUCCUCAAGAGGCACUCCCUCUGCCAGUGAUCCACGCUCUCACUUGAUGAGGACCCAUUCGGACGACUCGCCUGCUCGCGCACAACAUCUGUCAACCUCGCGUUCCUUCGAUCCAUCGCAAACUGCGAGCCCGAGUGCUCGAUUCACCCCUGAGCGCAGGGGAUCGUCGGACACAAUGCAGCGUGCAGAAUCGCCGGUUCGUAGGGAACCCCCCAACGGCCACGUCCUUGCGUCGCAGGCGUCUUCCUCUGCCCAUACGCCCUCACCUCUAUCAAUUUCCAGUGUUGAGCGACCCGCCGACAUCCCCGUAACGCCGCGCAAGUCUCCUCCGUUGUCAAUGAGCCCCACCGAAGAGUCCUUCCCAUCCGCAGCCCCUACACCCAUCCCUGCACGCUCAGCGUCGCUCUCCAUCUCCUCCACACCAACUCAGUCGCCCUCCACGGCUACGCGAUCGGCUAAACCUCUCUACCCAAGCGACCCUGCUGAUCCCGUGCUGGGCGGUUGGGAGGCCCAGGGUGCACCUCUCCCCGCUCCCCCAGAGAUUCCAAAGCAGCAACUCCAAUCUCAAACGCAACUCCAGAAUGGCGUUCUGUUGACCCCGGCUACUCCUGUGCGCACCGCGUCGACAUCCCGGGAUCCAGAGCCCGAACCUCCAAGGGCACCGAACGGACAUCUGACCAAUGGUCGACACUCCCCUCAGCAAGCCCCGCCCGUUAACACCCCUCCAUCCUCUCAAUCUGUUGCCAUCAAGGUGAAUGGUGUGUCCAACCUGAACAUACGCCAACCCUCAGCCUCGCGCGACUCCCAAAUCUCCCUCCCGGAGGAAGCAAAACGCUACUAUGCUUCGAUGGCAUCUCCGGCCGCGAGUCCCGGGAUGAAGUUCAGCUUCUCAUCGAACUCCAAUUCGCCUCUUCGACAGGAGGACGUUGCCAGCGAAUCUACUGUGCACUCGGAGUCCAUCGGAGUCGUAGAUGCUCAUCGUGCGUCCCCGCAGAGUGGUGGACUUGGCACUCCCGGUCACAUCGAGGUAGCCGGCGGUGCUAUGGCAGUUGAGGCGCGCGCAGAGACCAACGGACGAUCAGGUUCGCGUGACAGAUUUGUGGAUGAUGCCGGCGAGUUCCUCGACAUGGACGACGAAGAUAGCGCAUACGAUAUCGGUGUCAACGGCACAUCGAAUGGUCAGUACGCGUCACGCCCGUCGUACGACGAGACCGAGGAGGCCAGCGCAGCCCGCAAGCGGGAAAAGAUGAGGAGUACGCGCCCCUCUGGUCCUGCAGUCGAAGACUUCCCGUUGCCCCCGGGGACGACCAGUGUCCCCCCGCCGUCAGCUCAGUACCAGCGGGAGACGCCGUCGCCCGGUUCUGCGCCCUCCGUGCAUGCACAGAUGGGCCCACCGUCGCGCCAGGGAAGCGUGGCCGAGGCAACCAGCACCGCACGAGAGAGUCGGCCUUCCCUGCAGUCGACCUCAGAGUCUCAUAGCCAUCAAACCAUAUCGCUCGCCUCUUCCCAGACCCUCGUGGACGCGCAGCCCCCCGCCUCCCCCUUCCCCUUGCCGCUGCCAGCGAAUCCACCCACGAUGUCCUUCCGCGCCCUGCCGCUGCUCGCAGAGGAUCUGCCGUAUACCGAAGUCGUCGUCCUGAACUCCUCAAUCCGGCCGAACGACAAGGGCAAAGAGGUGCUGUCGUUCAUCAUCUCGGUUGACCCCGGCCGUGGAAAGGACAGCUGGAAGGUCGAGAAGCUCUACAGCGACGUCCUCGGUCUCGACGCCCGUGUGCGUGCGGCCGUUGGGCGGACCACGUCCAGGAAGCUCGCGACGCUGCCGGAAGGGCGCCUCUGGCGCGAUCACGCGCCCGCGAAGGUAGACCAGCGUAAGGUUGCUCUCGAGGCGUACCUCAGGUCGCUCAUCGCGCUUCCGGUCAAAAACAAGGACGAGACCAUUGCGUUCUUCACGUCCGACAUCGUCCGAGAGACGCAGAAGCCGGUGGCCCAGGCGGGGUACAAGGAAGGCUACCUCACCAAGCGUGGCAAGAACUUUGGCGGCUGGAAGACGCGUUAUUUCGUGCUUCAGGGUCCGUCCCUCGAGUACUACGAAAGCCGCGGUGGCACGCAUUUAGGCUCCAUUGUGAUCACCGGCGCCCAGAUUGGCCGUCAGCAGCGCCAGACGGAGAAGCGCGACGCCGACGACGAUAACGAGUAUCGUCAUGCAUUCCUCAUCAUCGAAAGCAAGAGGAGCGCUAGUGGGCAAGCUUCUCGGCACGUCCUCUGCGCGGAGAGCGACGAGGAGCGGGACUCGUGGGUCGAAGAGCUCGUGCGUUAUGUUUCUGGCCAGUACAAUGAGGACCAGGUUGCAGUGGGUACCAAUGUCGUUAGUCCGGUCGUUGCCAUGCCACAGGGCGCAAUCCGUGAACCGCGCUCAAGCACGAGCUCGAACCCUCCGACGGACCUACAGGGCACGCCCCGUCGUUCCACCAAGGACAUCCUGAUCGCCAAGGGUCCCGCAGUACCACUGUCACAACUCGCGCAGGACAGUAGCAACGCAAAACUUUUCAGUACGCCAGUUUACUCGGAUGACGCGACAUCCAGCAGCCCCGCCAAGUCUUCCAUCGUCGCCUCGCUGACCGAGCGUGAUACUGAAAUGCAAUUGUCAAGUUCACUACCCGUAUCCUCGCCACUCGUGGAGGAGCCGGACGUUGUGCCAGCACUCAAUCCGCGUUCGAACUCCGAGCUCGGCCACUACUCUGACCUUGUCGACCAGCGCGCAAGCGCAGCUCGCUCCCCAGAACAGAGGCGCAAGAUGAAGCGGAUGUCCAUGAAGCCGCCUACCAUUCGUGAGCGAUCGGCGUCGCCCGAGAAGGAUCCUAAUACACCUCGAGUGGACGCGCACGGGAAGGCCAAGAUCUCAGGCCCCAUGAACGGCACGCUCAUCCCUGAUGGCUACAAGUUUGGUGCGAGGGAGGCUCCACCACCUGAACAAGCUCCUCCCCAUUUGCCUACGAGCGAUCGUCGGGAGAAAACCAAGUCACGGUCGUUCAAGAACUGGGGCUUUGGCAAGUCGCAUGGGUCUGACAAGGCGCCUCCCGUCGCAGUUCCAGCUUACAUACCGAGAGCCGUUUUCGGCGUCAGCCUAGAGGAGUCUCUUGAUGUUGCGCAAAUCGCUAGCCUGCCAGCAAUUGUUUUCAGGUGUAUCCAGUAUCUCGAGGCGAAGAAGGCUGAGCAGGAAGAGGGUAUCUAUCGUUUGAGCGGUAGUUCGGCUGUGAUCAAGGGCUUGAAGGACCGUUUCAAUGCAGAGGGUGACGUGGAUCUGCUCGCAUCCGAUGAGUAUUGGGAUCCCCACGCCAUCGCCGGCCUCCUGAAGACUUUCCUUCGGGACCUUCCGGCAAGUAUCCUCACCCGCGAUCUGCACUUGCGCUUCCUCUCGGUCAUUGACUUUGUCGAUCCCCAAGAAAGGAUCCGCGAACUUUCUCGCCUCAUAUCUGCAUUGCCCAUCGCCAACUACAGCCUUCUCCGCGCACUGACCGCGCAUCUGAUUCUCAUCGUCCAAAACGCGAACAUCAACAAAAUGACGAUGCGGAACGUCGGCAUUGUGUUCAGCCCGACCCUUGGUAUCCCCGCGGGGGUAUUCAGCCUCAUGCUCGGCGAAUUCAAACGUGUCUUCAACGUUGACGGAACCUUGGAGGAGGCACCAGCGCCUACGGAUCAGGAAGAAGCUCAGGCUCAGAGCGCAGCUCGCCGGAAUAGUCAGCACUACUCUGAAGCCGCGGCAGACCAGAUGCUUGGGCUUGCUGGUAGGGCUCUGCCAGUGCAACAAGAAGAUUCCCCGUCCGAUGAUGGCGAAGACAUCAUCGAGGAGAGCGGGACAGAAGCGACGACGGAAGACGCCGAGUCCGUCUUGGAUUCUUCAGCCGGGUCCACCUCGAUGCACGCGCCGCAGACGAUUCAGAUUGAUUCAGCGGGGCCCUCUGAUUUCUCGCAGUCAGGGCAACGCUCGCGUGCAGCGCAGCUGGCUGCAACCCGUGGUCUGAGCGUGACGACGAGCGAUAAGGCGACCCGGAGACACAGUCGGAUGGUGGGACUCCCGGCAUCUCCUCGUCCUCCUCCUCAACAUCCGCCGCCCUCCCACGGCGCUUCGUCUGGCCAGGGCACUUCCCCCAGUCCCCACACCGGCGAGAGCGCGACAGCGAUUCCUCACUCGCCAGCUUCUAAUUCUCCGCAUCGACCGACAUAACGCCGUUCCGUUCGUCCAACUGACGUUCAGCGAUGGAGAGACGAUCGAUUCGCCGUGUUAUACGUAUGCGGCGUAUACCUACUGUAUUUGACAUUACGUAUGGCACGGUAUGGCGUAUGACACCAAGUAUGGCAUUUUGCACGCCGCGCGUAUGAGCUUGCGAGCUUGUUUUGUUUAGGGUCGUGCGGGAUUCCUCAUUGCGCGCAUUCGAGGAAGGCGGUAAUGGCGGAGAUGGUCCACAGCGAUAGUCCCUCUUUUAUCCAGAUCCACUCGUAUACAGCUGCAUGACACACGUUGAUACCCUCUCUCGUUGUAUAUCCAUAUUUCAUUCAUUGCGCUGCAUUGAAACAAUCGGCUACUCCUUG